AUGGCAUCAACGAAACAAGAACACUCAGUUUCGGAAUCAUCUACGAGUGACAGUGAAGAAUGGGACACUGAUUUAGAAGAUUGUUGUCAGCAAGAAACAAGACGGAGGCUGAAUAGCUCCCUGGAACAGACUUACUUAGAUGCUUGCAGAGAGCUCGGAGUACCACCUGCAACAUCCUUCAUCAAGCAAAUGAUGACAACCAAGGUGCAUCAUUCCUGGUUCCAUGGCUUUCUCUUGUUAUAAAUAAACCGUAAAUCCUCUAUUAAGCCCCCCGGGGGCUUAUUUAUUUCAAGCCCAUGUGUGUGUGUGUGUGUUGUUAGAGACGGGGGGGCUUAUCAGUUUAAUUUAGAAAAGACGAUGGUAUCAGUUUUCCAUAAAUAACGAGAAUACAAAGUGGAAGAGCUUAAGUACAGGAAGGUUGGAGGUCAUGCAGCCGAGGAUCAGGAUCAGAUCCGAAUUUCCCGUUGGUAAAUAAACCAUCCCGGAUCAGUCCACACCAAGUUUUACAGUCAUAAUUGAUUAAUACAGUCUAUCACUUGUUAGUGAACAAUACUAAGGGGAGGGGAGGGGGGAGACUUAAUAGAGAGGAGGGGCUUAUUAACUUUUUUCCCCUGAAAAAAGGGGUGGGCUUUUUAGAGGGCGGAGGCUUCUUUGAGAGGUGGGUGGGGGGCUUAAUAGAGGAUUUGCGGUAUAUGUUUUUUCAAUAUGAUUGUUGCUUUUAUAGUCAAAAAUACAGUAUUGUUCAAGAGUGAAACCCCAGGAGAAAUAACACUGUUGAGACCCUUGCAACAUUUCUUUUAUAGUUCACAAUGAAAUAUGAAAUUUCACGGAGCACUGACACAUCGAUAUCGUGCUUAGAAUUAUUCCUUUCCUUCACCUUUCAUCGAUAUAAACAUUUCUUUCUGAGGACGUAAGGAGCUGAGUGCUGCUAUUCUUUAAGACUCCGAGAAAACAAUUAGGAAGUAUCGCUCAAGAUUUAGGUUCAAAGUUUCCUUUUUUAACCCAACAAGGUUCGCUUGAUAUUUAAAACUAUUUUGCAAUUCCAUGUACACUAUUCAGUUAAAACAGAAAGCGUCAAGGCAUUGAGCCAGUCUAAAUAAGGGCAUAAGGUCUUAACUUUCUAAAGAAACUAAUUUUCUUAAAUCUAAUUUCAGGUGGAUCUUCGAAACUAUGGAAUCCUGGACAAGGGACUGCAAGCUAUCUGCUGUGCGCUUAAGAGCAACAUAACUGUGAUCGCUCUGAAUCUCCACGAUAACGGAAUCACUGAGACUGGAGCCCAAGCAUUGGCAGAUUUGUUAGAUGAAAACUGUUUUAUAACCAGCUUAGAUAUCUCGGGAAACAACAUCGGCCUCCGAGGAUGCCACGAGAUGGAGCGGAUGAUCAAAAACACAUCAUCACUUCGGCAGCUUGCCUUCUCAAACAUCUGCAACACAGGAAGAAACAUCCUUCCCAUUCUUGAGGGUCUCAAAAAUAACUUUUAUUUGAGGGUUCUUGACUUGAGCCAGAAUUGCCUCGAAGACCAAGGGGCAGCUAUCGUUGGAUUCAUACUUUCCACGACCAGCUCUCUGGAAUCUCUGAAUAUCAGCUGGAACAAGAUUUCUGCACGAGGUGCUGUAGAGGUGAUGGAUGGACUACGAGAAAGCUACACGUUGAAGAAGCUAGAUUUUUCCUGGAAUAGCUUGGCGGGUGCAGGAGCGCAAGCCUUGAGACGUGCUCUUGAGGCCAACGAAUCAUUGGUGCAUCUGGAUGUUUCAAACACUUCCAUCGGUCUGGCUGAAGCAAAGUUAAUCGCAAAGGGUAAGGAUAAAAACCAAUCACGUAAAAAAAAGGAAAGCAAACAGGAAAAGUGGAAUUCCCAAAAAGAAAUUAAAAAUUAAAUAGAAAAUAAAUUCUGGGUUUCCAGGACAAAAGACCGUCCAGGAAAACCCUCGGGAACAUAGAGGUAUUACACCAAGGAAACUUGUUUCCGGGAAGCCGAAUGCCAACUCCCUGCAUCCAUAACUCGGCUCAUUCCAGGUCAUUAUGUCUCAAUUUCUCCCAAUUAAAAUGAGUGGUACAAGUUCGUGAUUUCUUGUCAGAGAAGCCUGGCUCGCCUUAAGCAAAUGCGCUUUUUUUCCCUGAAGGUCUCAAAAAGAACAAAUCCCUUGAGGUACUUCGCAUUGGUAAGAAUCCAUAUUUGAGUCCGGGUGCUUAUUCGUUCUUGAAAGCAAUCAGGAGAAAUCAGGAAAGCGCCCUUCGGGAACUUCACCUGGACAACAUGGCUCUAGACGGGGACUGCCACAGGGAGCUGGAGGAUGUUCUCAAAAAGCGACCCGAUUUUAAGGCCUCUUGGCAGGUGAGUAUCCAAGGUGGACAAGCCAGGGAGAUUCAAUACCCGGAGAGACCAUCACCAUUAGACAUAUUCGUCAAGUUUGGUCGCAGCAGCGGACUGCGAAUGGUUGACUUGUUUAAGAUUCUCUCGGGCAAACGUGAUACCAUUGGAGAGAAUGCGUUCAUCUCAGGCUUGAAGAACAUGAACAUUAACAUGACAAAGCAUGAGCUGAAGAAGCUGUUUUCAAUCCUCGAUGUUAAUGGCGAUGGUAAGCUACAGUUUCACGAAUUUCCCAAUCUUGUAGCUUUGAAGUUGCAUGAGCAAAACGCCGAGCGGCUUGGAAACUGCCGUGCACAUAAAUAA